UCAUCGACCUUGCGCUGACAUUCAAGCGUCAAACAUUCUGUUCGGUUUGUCCUGCAAAUCCGCGAGUUUCUGCACAAUUCUGCGAUUCUUGACCAGGAAAACCAUGGCGCUGAACAAGUUGAGCAUCGAGAAGGUGGAUUUGGCCGGAAAGCGAGUCCUCAUGAGAGUGGACUUCAAUGUUCCCAUGAAGGAUGGCAAGGUGACCAGCAAUCAGCGCAUCGUGGCGGCGCUGGACAGUGUGAAGUACGCCCUGGACAAGGGCGCAAAGUCGGUGGUGCUGAUGUCUCAUCUGGGGCGCCCGGAUGGCACGAAGAAUGCGAAGUACACGAUGGCACCGGUGGCGGAUGAGCUCAAGAGUCUGCUGAAGAAGGACGUGAAGUUCAUCGGCGACUGUGUGGGCGCUGAAGUGGAGGCAGCCUGCCAAGAUCCUGCUCCGGGUAGCAUAAUCCUGCUGGAGAAUCUGCGCUAUUACGUCGAGGAGGAGGGAAAGGGCGUCGAUGCGUCUGGCGCGAAGGUGAAGGCGGAUCCUGAGAAGGUGAAGGGCUUCCGGGAGAGUCUGCGGAAGUUGGGCGAUGUGUACAUCAAUGACGCCUUCGGCACUGCUCAUCGGGCACAUAGUUCGAUGCUUGGAGAGGGUUUCCCAGAGCGCGCAGCCGGAUUGCUGCUGACCAAAGAGCUGAAGUACUUCUCUCAGGCGCUGGAUAAUCCGCCGAAACCCUUCCUGGCCAUCCUGGGCGGUGCCAAGGUGGCCGAUAAGAUUCAACUGAUCGAGAACUUGCUGGACAAAGUGAGUGAGAUGAUCAUCGGCGGCGGAAUGGCUUUCACGUUCCUCAAAGUCCUGAACGGGAUGAAGAUCGGCGCGUCACUGUAUGACGAAGAGGGCGCCAAGAUUGUUCAGAAUCUCGUGGACAAGGCCAAGAAGAACAAUGUGCAGCUCCACUUGCCUGUUGACUUUAUCACCGGCGACAAGUUCGCUGAGAACGCGGCUGUUGGCGAAGCUUCAGUUGAGGCGGGCAUUCCGGAUGGCUGGAUGGGACUCGAUGUGGGCCCCAAAUCCUGCGAAGUCUUCGCUGCUCCCAUUUCCCGUGCCAAGCUUAUCGUCUGGAAUGGACCACCUGGCGUGUUCGAGUUCCCCAACUUCGCCAAGGGAACUAAGUCCUUUAUGGAUGGCGUGGUGAAUGCCACCAAGGCGGGCUGCGUGAGUAUCAUUGGAGGCGGCGACACGGCUUCCUGCUGCGCCAAGUGGGGCACAGAGAGCGCAGUUUCGCACGUUUCCACUGGCGGAGGCGCUUCUCUGGAGCUCCUCGAGGGCAAGACUUUGCCUGGAGUUGCCGCCUUGAGCAAUGCUUAAGACGCUGAAGCCAGGACAAUAUCAGGAUUAGCAGGGGAAGGCGAAGAGUCCUCCGAUUCGUGAUUUUCUUUGGAGAAAUAAAACGUUUCGUUUGAAUUUACUCGACAUUAAAUAGUUUCACUG